AUGAAGUUCUCUACCCCCAUCGUCCUCCUUGCCGCUGGCGUCCUUGCGACCCCUACGCCUGAGCUCUGCGCGCGUGAACUCAGCCAGGUCGACACCAUCAUGACCACUGUCCUCAACGGCAUCCAGAGCCUUGAUGGCUCCAUCUGCGCCUACGGGGGUGGCGACGGCAAGGACCUCGAGGAUGCUUCAUCCACCAUGCUCACCACGAUCCGCAAUGCCACUUACAACGCGGUUGCCAUGUUGCCUCUGACCAUGGACGAGGCCAUCGCCUUCCAGCCGCUGUCCGACAAACUCAACGCGGCUGGUGACAAGCUCCUCGUUGACCUCAGCGCCAAGGUCCCUCUGUUUGCUCAGGCUCGUAUCUGCGACAGCACUCUCUCCUGGGUUGCUCUGAUUGGCGGAAAUGUCCACACCCUGAUGACCUCCAUCUCUACCAAGUUCCCUGCCGGCGGCAAGGGUGGCGAUGAGAUCACUCACUUCGACGGUGUCUUCCAGGAGAUGCAGGACAAGCUCAACACCUGCACCACCGGCGGCAAGAACUCCACUUACGGCUCCCCCGGAUAUUCCGGAUCUUCAGGAGGCUCCUCCGGCGCUGGCAACGACAACAAGGGCGUCGGCUCGGCCACCGUCGCCAUUCCUGCUGCCACUGCCACCGCUUCCUUCCCUCCUAACACCAACGGCACCAGAGGUGCUUCUCCUACCGCCACCACUGUCGUCACUGCCGGCGCUGCCAUGAUGACCUUCUCCGGUGCCGGCUUCGCUGCUGUCAUCUUCGCUCUCGUCCUCUAA